GGUCGGUAUAUUUAUAGGUAGGUAGACUCUGAUAUAUAGGCCUAGACGCAGGGAGCCAGCGGGACCUGCAUUCUGCUUCCUGAGGCUGCAGGACGUAUUUUCGAUGCAAUGCAGCAGCCAUGAAUGCGUUGCAAUUUCGCUUUGCAGAAAGCGAUUGGGUAACCGUACUGGGCCCUCACUGUCAGUCACUUGGGCGAAAGCGAUGAGUUGGAGCUGGAGCUUAUACCAAGAAGCCGAAAGAGGUUGCCAUCCAACAAGAAAGAAAACCAUAAACGCAACACCAGACCCAAGUGGCCGCUUCUUCUGAGCUGCAACAGAGACAGACUUUCACUCUCUCCGACUUCCGGUGAUUCAUUCUCAUUGGCUCAUUGAAGCGGGCGGUCGGCCGGAAGCAGUCGUGGCACAAUGGCCUCAACGUAUCCGCCGCCGCCGCCCUACUUUAAAUUGUUCAGCGACGGGUAUAAAGGCGAGCAGAUUCUGCCACCACCCCCGCUGGACGGAACUUUCACAAUGUUUGGCCAGACAUACUCGACUGAGGAUCAGCUUCCAAAUCUGGAACAGCAGGGGAUUCGGCAACUCUACCCAAAACAUAGCGACAUUGACAUCCCCGCGGAGCUGCGCAAGCUGAACCGCGAGCUGGUCUUCACGUACCUUGAGCUGGUGGACGUGCUGGCGGAGCGGCCGUCGCAGUACGCGCGCAGGGUGGAGGACAUUGGGCUCAUCCUCAAGAACAUGCACCACCUGCUCAACCUGCUGCGCCCGCACCAGGCGCAAGCAACAGUUCUGCACGCGUUAGAGGAACAAGUCAGGCGGCGGAAAGAAGCGCUUGCCACUAUCAGAAAACAGAGACAGGAGAUGGCCGCAGCUCUUGCGGAGGGGGCAUCGCUUCUGGCAGAAGCAAACCAGGAGCUUUUGCAGAAGAUAGGUGCAAGCAACCAACCGGAAGGACUGCGGUAAAAUACAAGAACUUCCAGUCUUCAAGUUAGGCGUCUGCUAACGCGGGUGACUGGAGGGUUAGUAGACACCUUUCAGCGGAUAAGUGCUUCUUUUCCACAUACGACACUCGGGCCAAGCAAUAAGCGCUACCGUACCCCACGCUGUUAUAUAUGAGAGAGAUGCAGGAAGGAAGCAGUGAGCUCUAUAUCGAGGGGCUGGAGCUCUUGUGGGGCCGGGCUCCUGAAGAAGUACGGCACGGUGGAAAGUGACGUUGCUGUAAUUGAGGAACUGCGUUUAGGUCCACUACGACCCUUACCCACAGUGCCACCCCAGUGUGCGACACCGAGGCUCCUAAUAUGGAUAGAUGUCACCUGCGUCACGCAAGGGCUUGCCUUGCUACGCUUGGUGUUUCAUCACUAGGUCAGGCGCCCGAUCAUGGGAGCCUCCUCGAUUGCAGGUCACACAUAUGCUGUUUGCAAUAUGCGUGGCCGUGCCGCUGCCUGUUCAAUCUUCUUAAAGUUCCACAAACGGUACAUUGGAAUUGAGACUAGGUAUCAGUUGCCAGAGCUCAUCGUGUUAUAGAACAUGGCGGGGGGCUGCAAUUGCGUCAGAGUCGGAUGCAGAGUCUGAUCCCCUUUCUAACCAUACGCACGCAAGCAGACUGCAGGCAUGCGAGUCUCUCUAAGUUAGGGCCAAACAAUCUGCUAUCACUCAUACCCCCACCGAUUCAAAGUGAUGUUGGAAUGCGCUGCAUCACUUAUCCAUCAAAUACGAACUCCUUGUGUAGUGAACAGCUAA